GGGCGGGGCGGGGGCGCGCGCCGCCUCGCCGCCAUUUUGAUGCGCGGGGAGCUGCGGGGGAGGGGGGCGGUGAGGAGGUGGUUGCGGUUGUGGUGUCGGUGGUGGUUGCAGCGGCCGGAGUCCCGCGCAGCUGUUUUGGUUACUAUGGCAUCCCGUGAGGAGAUUACUGUCGAUGAAGAUGAAUUAAGGUCCCGGUACAGCCACGUAGAGAAGAUGACAGAUUUGGUGGCCGUUUGGGAAGUAGCUUUAAGUGAUGGUGUUCAUAAGAUUGAAUUUGAACAUGGGACCACUUCAGGAAAACGUGUUGUCUAUGUUGAUGGAAAGGAAGAAAUAAGAAAAGAAUGGAUGUUUAAAUUAGUAGGUAAAGAAACGUUUACUGUUGGAGCAGCUAAAACAAAAGCCACUAUUAACAUUGAUGCAGUCAGUGGCUUUGCAUAUGAAUAUACUUUGGAUAUCAAUGGGAAAAGCCUCAAGAAGUAUAUGGAGAACAGGUCAAAAACAACCAAUACAUGGGUACUGAGUUUGGAUGGCAUGGAGUGUAGAGUUGUUCUAGAAAAGGACACUAUGGAUGUGUGGUGCAACGGUAAAAAAAUGGAAACGGCGGGUGAAUUUGUAGAAGAUGGGACUGAAACUCACUUCAGUGUUGGUGAUCACAACUGUUGCAUUAAGGCUGUCAGCAGUGGGAAACGAAAGGAAGGAAUUAUUCAUACCCUUAUUGUGGAUGACAGAGAAAUCCCAGAGGCUGUGGAGUAGCCUCUAGUUAACUGAUUGUUGUAGGACUAAGAUCAGGAAUUUUCAAUUACUGUGGUAAUUAUUUUAAUAUGUACUACUUAGUACAUCUACUUUGUGCUGGUUUUAUUUUCUAGCUUCUGUAUCUGAAAUUCAUCUUUUUGAGGACCAGAUGAAAAUAAUUAUAUACAACCUCCUACAUAACCCUUUUUAUUAUUAUAUAUAGAGAGAAUAUAUAUAUAUAUCACUAAGUGCAAGGAGGGGAGGUAGACUGAAAUAGAAAUUAUGUAUUAGAAAAAACUUUGCUAUAAAAAAUGCAAGAUCCAUAUUCAGUAAGACUAAAUUCUUUUUAAACUGUGGGUAGAUGUGGAGUGAGGAGAAAGCACAUGCUGGGUACUGGAAUAAGCUGUUAAAACUUUCUCCAUAACUUUUUCUUCUAGUACACUAAUUUCCAGUAUUUUUUAGAUGCAGUUACAAAAAUAGUCAUGUCAUUCAAUAAAAAGAUUACAGAAAUGCAUUGUUUCCAAUACUUGUAUAAUGGUAUUAAAAUACUGAACAAUGAAAA